AAAUGUCUAGUUGAGGUCCAGCCAUUUUCCUCAGCUUAGUGUCCCAGAGUAUCUCCGCAGUGUGUUUGAUCAGUGAGCGUUUAGACUAAGAUUCCUGCCUUAGUGUUUUUGGAUACCUCUGCCUGUACCUCACCUUGUGCAAUAAACCAGCCUUGCUCAAGUCAGCUGAGUCGUGCCUUCUGAGUCCAAACCUCUGCUGUGUUCCUGACACUAUCCCUAACCUUAACCAGCCUAACCAACGGAGGAAACAACUAAUAGCCAAUCAGAGAGCUCAGUUUCAAUGUGGAUCAUGGCUAUCUGGAGGGUCUGGUUCGAGGAAUGAAGGCCGGGAUUCUGACCUGCGGUGACUAUCACAAUCUGGCCCAGUGUGACUCACUUGAGGACAUGAAACUACACCUGCAGAGCACAGACUACGGAAAGCUGCUGUCCUCAUCUGAAGAGGACCUGACUGUGUCUUUGGUGGACAGCAAACUGAGGCAGAACCUGGUGACUGAAUUCAGCUGCCUUCGCUCCAACGCCCUGCCUCCACUAUCAGCCUUCCUUGACUAUAUAACCUACAGCUACAUGAUCGACAAUGUGGUGAUGUUGAUUACCGGGGCCCUGAAACAGAGAGACGUGGCAGAGCUCCUCCCGCGGUGUCACCCACUGGGAGCUUUUGACCAAAUGGCAGCUGUGGGCAUCGCUCAUACCCCGACUGAGCUCUACUCAGCCAUCCUGGUGGACACACCACUAGCUCAGUUUUUCCAGGAUGCUGUAUCUGAGUCCAACCUGGAUGAGAUGGAAGCAGAAAUCCUCAGGAACAAACUGUAUAAGGCAUAUUUAGAGUCUUUCCACUCUUUCUGCAAGAACAUUGGUGGUGCCACAAAAGAUGUAAUGUGUCCUGUCCUGGAGUUUGAGGCAGACAGGCGGGCCUUCAUCAUCACAGUGAACUCCUUCGGGACAGAUCUCAGCAGUGCAGACAGGAGUGCAUUGUAUCCAUCUUGUGGCAAACUUUACCCUGAAGGGCUGCGACUGCUGGCCAAGGCAGACGACCACGAGCAGGUCAAAGCUGUGGCCGACUGUUACCCAGUGUACAAAAUAAUUUUUGAUGACCCUGAGCCAGGAUCAGAUUUUAAGACUCUGGAGGACAGAUUCUUUGAACAAGAGGUGAAGCUGAACACACUUGCAUUCCUGCAGCAAUUCCACUUCGGAGUAUUUUACUCCUACAUCAAACUGAAGGAGCAGGAGAGUCGCAACAUUGUCUGGAUCUCUGAGUGUGUCACACAGAGACAGAAGUCCAAGAUACACAACUACAUACCCAUCUUCCAGGGAACAAAUAAAUGAGCAAUAAAGAGAAAUACAUACAUGUAAAAAUAUGUUGAUUUCUUUAUGAUCUAUGUUUGGUUGUGAGGAUUAGUUAAUGUGGUUGCACUAAAGUCAGUCAAAUAUACAGUAAAAUUCAAAAAUGAGGCCUCUACUCGCUAUAGUUAGUAUGUUCACAUUCACAUUACUGGCACAAUAUCUGCAUGUCUAAACAGGAAUAAAAUGUACAUUACAGGUUGUAUAAUAAUGUGUAACUAUACAAUGUAGUACUGUAUUUUACAAAACAUAAGUAUAUUAGUAAUGUAGCACAAACAGUGGUAUAAAAGUGUCAAAAAUCGCCCA